UACAGCAAUAUUGACAUAACUACUGAGCCGAAAUAGAGCAAAUCUGAUUAGUUUGCGUUGAAUGGAAUUCUAGCUCAAGAACAUGACGACGUCUAUCGAAUUGAGCUCGUAUCGCGACCAGCACUUCAAGGGCUCACGCUUCGAGCAGGAACGCUCCUUGCGAGACUCGAGCACACUCUAUGUUGGCAAUUUAUCAUUUUACACAGCCGAGGAGCAAAUACACGAGCUCUUCUCACGCUGCGGCGAUGUACGCAUGGUUGUGAUGGGCCUCGACAAGUACAAGAAGACGCCCUGCGGCUUUUGCUUUGUGGAAUAUUACAAGCGAUCCGAAGCUGAGGCCGCCAUGAGAUUUGUGAAUGGUACGCGACUGGACGAUCGACUAAUUCGUGUCGAUUGGGACGCCGGCUUCAUUGAGGGCCGUCAAUACGGACGCGGCAAGACUGGCGGACAGGUGCGCGACGAAUAUAGAACUGAUUACGAUGCAGCCCGAGGCGGUUACGGCAAGCUUCUCACACAAAAGAUUGCGCCCAAUCCGGACAACCGCUAGAGAAGAGAUAAACCGAGAUUAAGGGAAGGCAUACUACUUAUUAUACCCGAGUCACAACAUUUUAUGCAUCUACUUUGGAACUUUGCAGGU